GCGCGCAGCCUCCCGGGAAAGCCGACGGCGGCGGCUCCCAUCGCCCGGUUGCGCGCGGAGAGCGGCAGGCGGCACAUGGCCGCGCUGGCGCCGCCGCCCGGCCGGGAGGCCGCCGCCGCGGGCACGGCGGGCGGCGGGCUGGCCGAGGGGCUGGUGAGCGCUGUGGAGGCUGGCGUGGGCCCAGAGCAGGACGUGGCCGCCUACCUCAGACACAGCCUGCUGCCCGUGCUGGGCCCUGCCAUCGAACAGCUCCUGCACCACAUCCACGACUCCGGUGAGCUGCAGAGGGCGCUCAAGGAGCUGGCGGCCGCGGAGAAGCAGCGGUCGCAGAGGAAAACCGCGCAGGCGUCCGAGGCGGCCGCCGACAGGGCGGCCGCGGAGGACAGGGCGGCACUGGACGGCUCCCCGCCGGAGGAGGCGGCUGCCACCGGCGAGAAGGGCGGCUCGCCCCGGACCAGCAAGGGGCGCCGCAGCAGCCGCGGGGACGCCUCGGCGAGGCCGAACAGCAAGGGACGCCAGAGCCAGGAGCCGCCGCCGCAGGAGGAGAAGGAGGAGGAGGUCGAGCUCUUCGACCCCCUGGUCUGGCUCUCCGAGCGGCUCCGCGAGUCCGCCGCCGGCCCCACGGAGCUGUACCGGGAGCGGAUCGAGCAGCGGGUGAUCCAGCACAUCCUGCGAGUCCGAGAAGGCGAUCCUCGAAGGCAACGAGGAGGAGGACGGCGCUGCCAGCCGCGGGCUGCCGAAGCCCCCCGUCGAGGAGGAGCCCGCCGCUGGACCGGCGCUCGUCGUCCCCUAGGCCGCGCGAGCUGGGACGGCCAGGAGCCUCCUUGGGCGGGCGCCGUCGUGCGAUUGGGCGUGCCGUGCCCGCACCGUGGGUGCGGCCUGAGGGGCGCCACCUCCGCCUUGCCCGAUCGCGAUUGGCGCGGGAGCUGGCAGCACUCGCUCGAUACGUGGUACUUCUGCCGCCAGCAGCGGGCCAUGGUGCGAGCCGUUCCAGUGCGCGUGCUCUCGCUCUCUGGGAAGACCAUCCUCGCGAGCCACUUCCACCCCGACUGGGCCCUCGGCCAGCUCGGGCCCCUUGUCGAGGGCACGCUCCUCCACCGUGUGCCGGGCGCCACCGAGGAGCACGAGGUGCGGCUGCUGGUUGGCCCCAGCGCAGCCGGCGAAGUCCUGCCGCACCCGGCGGAGGCGCUGGACGCGGACACGUCCGUGGCGCAGAUUGCGGGGCGCUUUCCAGGCCGGGGCUCGGUGACGCUUGUCGCAGUGGUCUGUCAUAAUGCCAACCGAAUGGAGGAAUUUGAACGAGAUGCCCAGCAGCUCGUCGAGAUGACCCCUGAGCUCUUUCAAGACGAGCGGAUCCAAGAGUGGGCCAUUGCGUUCUACCGCCUCGUGGAUACGUACCAGGCCUCGCUGGAGCGGCUGCUGCACCGCGCAGUGAAUGACACCACACACGGCACCCCCAUCGCACACGACUCCCUUCCCCGUGCUCUCGAGCUCGUUCGACAGGUUGCGUGGGACAUUCGCGAAGUCUUGCCAGGGCAUGCUCCCCGGCACGCGUUCUUUGCGGUGUCCGAGGCGUUGUGGGUUGCUCUCUUCAGCGGCUCCCUCCGCACCGCGGCCUGA